CAAAGAAGAGAGGUUUACCGAAAGGCGAGCAACAUACCAGCUGUGUCCCUUUCAUAUUGUAUUGUCGUUCCACUUGGGAACAAGAACAAAUGAAUAGAGGAUUACCGAUUCCUCUUGGGAAGGAGGACAAAAGAGAAGUGGAUUAAAAGUCGGGCGCAUUUGCAAUACUUCAGUUACUAACAAAGGAAAAUGACAAAUCCGGGAGUCAAUCAUUUUGCAGUUCUUGGAUUGAAACCUGGAACUUCGGAAGAAGAGAUUAAAAGAACAUACAAAUCUCUUGCCAAAAUUUUACACCCUGACAAAAAUAAUGACCCAAAGGCGGAAGAAAAGUUCAAAAACAUAACUAAUUCUUACGAGGUCCUGAAAUCAAAAGAUAGAAGGAACAUGCAUGAAAGGGAACUAAAAGAAAUGGAAAAAUAUCGUCGGGCAAAAAAGUACGAGAAAAAGCGAGAUUACAAAGCAGAGCAUGCGAGACGUGAACGAGAUUAUGACGUCAGAAAAAGAAACGACAAAAGAUAUGAUUACUAUGCACACUGCACGCCUGGAUUUUCUUCGGGAGGAUUUAAAUCGUACGAUGACGAAUUCAGCGCUUUUUUCUCCGAAAAAGAUUCAUUUUCAAUUAGACGAACAAAUCCUGAAGACAUUUGCAUCGAGUUCAUGCCAUCUUUCACAUAUCGGAAUAUAGAUGAUAUGGUGAAAAAUUUAAUAACGGACAUUGUACCAUCUGUAAACGAAAAACGUACUAGCCAACCAAGAAUUCGAAACAGCGAAGAGAAAAUCGGCCACUUUAAAGUUCCUAGCUCAGAAUUUACCUCAUUCUAUGGUAGAGGAGAUCCCUUCCGAGAUUUUGAGUAAAAUGACAGUUUUAAUUGAGUUCCAAUUAAUAAACUGCAUGUGAAACCAAUUUUUGUUUUCUUAACCAACACAAAAGUUCCAUUUAUAUAUAUAUAUAUAUAUGAUUUCAA